AUGAACGUCUCCGUACUCAAUCUUGAGUACUUUUUUGCAGUUAAUCCCAAUGUCAGCACUUACUUCGAGUCCAACAAUGGAUUAUGGAGGGAUUAUAUCAGCGAACUGGGAGCCUCUUAUAGAAUGGUGGACAAUUUAAUACCACUCCAUGAUAUUGUCAACUCAAUCAACUUGCACCAAAUUCAAAUGAAGUCUACUUCCAAUUAUAUCACCAUCAUGGAACCCAAGAUCAAGAACCAGUUGAUCACUGUUUCGAUUCAUGGAAACCAGGACUUUAUCCGUAACUCCAAAUCCGAAGUUUUGCUGAGAUAUAGCCAAGUCAACACCAAAACUAUCCAGAUUUCUCAAAGGGAGUUCUUGGCGAUCAACGAGAAGUUCACUUCCCAGUUGUUCAAGUUGUGUUCACAGUACCACACUGAAAUUGUUAUCAACAACAGCAAAAUGACCCAAGAAGACGGUAUUGGUGCUCUUUCCGGCUACUACAUUCAUGUCUUGGGCAGCCAGGACAAUAUCACUAUCACCGAAUCUUCUUUGAGAAUUCUCAUUGACAACAUCUUGAAUAACUACUUUUUGGAUUCCAUUGAUAUCCAGUUGUCUAUGAUUCCUUUGAUUGGAGGAAUCCAGUUGUUCAACUUCAACCAGGUUGCCAAGCAGAGCAACAGCAACAUCUACAUUCCAGAUUUGUUACCAAGCUUGUUUAAUUCCAAAAUCUUUAGCAAUACAAGCAACGUCAAGUUGUGGAUCACAGCCAAAACCAUUCCAGAAAUUUUGUUGACCAAGAAUAUCAUCGACAAGAUCUCCGAAGAAAGAUUCAGAAACGAUAUCAUUGUCAAAGAAAUUGAACUUACCAAAGUUAAGAUAGAUUUGAUGACAUUGUACAAUCAAUCUGAGAUCCUCAACAUCAUGUUCAAGCACGGGAUUUUCAUCCAAAUGCCUAGCUUGGGGGAAAAGAACAACUGCAAAAUCUUAAUUCAAGGUUGUUCAUUGGAAGCUGUGAAUGAAGCAGUGUUGGAAGUCAACUUACUCAGCACAAGCUAUUACUGCGUUCAGCUCAACUGUGUCGCUAACCAACUUAACGAAUACAAUUUAAUUCAAUUGAUGCAAGACAGAAAGACUUGUGUGAUCACUUCUAACAGAUUUGGUAUAGAUAUUAAUGGUAACUCUGGGGAAAUCAAACAAUUGUUGAAUGACAUGGCUGCUACACCUUGUAUUGACUUCAAUACUUUGAAAUUACGCUUGGAGUUACACAACAACCAAAGAGAUUUUAUCAGUGGCAAGAAGAACGGUAAGUUGAUCAAGAUCAUGAACCAAUUGAACCAAUUACCUAUGAUCAAGUUCUCGCCAUUUAAUGAGUACAACUUUUAUAUUGACUUUGAAAUCUAUGAAGGUACAAAUAUGUCUGUACUUUUAAAGGGGUUGGACUUAAUUGAAAUGGAGUUACCUUCUGAAUUGAAAUUCAACAUCCCAGAAGUAUUUCAUAAGUCGAUCAUUGGAAAUGGUGGAUCCAUUAUCCAAUCUAUCAUGAAGAAGUACAACGUCUUCAUCAAGUUUUCCAGCACUGUUUCUGGUACAACUUCAAAGAAUAUUUAUUCGUUCAAGAGAUAUGAUAACGUCUUGAUCAAAUGUCCUCGUAAAAACAGCAAGAACAUCCAGUUGGUCAAGAAUGAAAUUGAUCAAUUAGUGUACCAAUGUUGCUUAAACAAUAACCCACCAAAGUCAUUCCCAAAUGCGACUACUACAGUCUACCACACUGUUAAGUUUCAGUUACUCAAGAGCCACUACUUGCUUCUUAUUAACAAUAACAAGCUACAAAUCAUCAACGAGUUAGAGAACGAAAACAACACUUACAUCAACUUCCCUACUUCGAUCGAAGAAUUCAAGGGUAAUGAUGUUAUCGUUGAGAUCAAGGGUUCUGAGGCUCGCACAAAACACUGCUUCAAGCAAAUAGAAGCCAUGUUACCCAAGAACUACGAAUUUAAGGUCACCAUGAGCGUUGGAAAGUUCGAAGAGACUUUUAGUGGUGUUAACAAACAAGAUUUCUACAACAACGUCAUUGUUCCCUUCAAGAUUUUGCUUGGAGUUGAGAUCUCUGUCAACAGCACCCCAAUUGCUAGAAGCAGUAGCAACGAAAAUACUGCUUCCAGCACCGAGGAUUACCACCAGAUCAUUCUUAGUUACUACAACGAAGAGAGCUUGAAGCCUGCCAUUGACUCCUUGACGUUGUAUUUAAGGCAACAUGGAUUUUUGAUCUUGGACAAGAAAGCCUUAGAGUUCAACCCAUUGGUUGAAACCGUAAAGCCUAACGUUAUGGCUUUGAGACUGCUUUCCAACCAGGCUGUAGACAAUCAGGGAAACAAACCAGCAUACAAGAAGCACAAGUCUCCUGUUAAACAGCCAAAGGUACACUACAAC